GGGUGUCAGGAUCAAAGCCUCGGAGGCGGAAGCGGCUUUUGGGCCCGUCUGGUUUUGGCUACCCAUUUGGCAGCUGUGUCUCCUCAAGACUGCCCCCUUCCCCAAGAGCCGAGCAUGGAGAAGGAGCAGAGAAGGUCUUCCGGGCGCCUGCCGCCCCGGCUCCAGGAGUCGGUGACGUUCAAGGACGUGGCCGUGAACUUCACCCAGGAGGAGUGGCGGGAGUUGGACGCUGCCCAGAGGGAUCUCUACUGGGACGUCAUGCUGGAGAACUACGAGAACCUUGUCUUCCUGGCAGGGCUUCCAGUUUCCAAACCGGACGUGCUCUCUCAUUUGGAGAGGGGAGCAGCCCCAUGGAUGCUAGAGGGAGAAUUCCCAGGAGACGUCUUCCCAGAUUCACUUAGAUUGGAGAUUAGGUGUGAAACCAAGGACUCAGCAGCAAAUCAGGGUGAUUGUACAGGGGUGUCCUCUAAGAAGAAAUUCAUAAAGGAUGGUCCUUGGGAUUUCAAGAUAGAAGAAGCUUGGGAAUUUGAUGUCAGGUUAGAGAAACAGAAGGACCUGGAGGAGAAACAAUACAGACAAGUAGCAGCUUCUGACAGAGAAUCUUCUAAGGUGAAUGCCCAGGAAUGUAAAAUAUUUGGGGAAAGUUUCAGUCUGGGCUCAUUCUUUGUACCACAAGAAGCACUUCCUACAGAAAUGAAUCAAGGUAAGCUCUUCACACAGUUUUCAGACCUGAGGAAUCAUAAUGUAACAUCCUUGGGGCAGAACUUUUCUAAGCACAAUGAAUGCAGGAAGCCCUUCAGUUACCAUCCAGAUCUUAUUGAAUUCUAUGCAGUACACCCUGGAGACCAACCCUAUGUGUGUAAAGAAUGUGGGAAAGCCUUCAGCCACAGGGGAAACCUUAACAAACAUCAGAGAAUUCAUACUGGAGAGAAACCUUUUGAGUGCAUUGAAUGUGGAGAUACCUUUAGCCAGAGGAGAAACCUGAAUGCACAUCAGAGAAUUCAUACUGGAGAGAAACCACAUGAAUGUGAUGAAUGUGGGAAAGCCUUCACCCAGAGAUCACAUCUUACUCAACAUCAGAGAAAGCAUAAUGGAAAGAAACCCUAUAAAUGCAAUGAAUGUGGGAAAGCCUUCAACCACAAGGGAAACCUUAAUAGACAUCAGAGCAUUCAUACUGGAGAGAAGCCCUUUGAAUGUAAUGACUGUGGGAAAGCCUUCACCCAGAGAAGAGACCUGAAUGCACAUCAAAGAAUCCAUACUGGAGAGAAACCCUUUGAAUGCACUGAAUGUGGGAAAGCCUUCAACCUCCGGGGGAGCCUUAAUCAGCACCAGAGAAUCCAUACAGGAGAGAAACCCUUUGAAUGUAGUGAAUGUGGGAAAGCCUUCAGACAGAGGGGAUAUCUUAUUUAUCAUAAGAGAAUUCAUACUGGAGAGAAACCAUUUAAAUGCAAUGAAUGUGGGAAAGCUUUCAGACAGAGGGGCAACCUUAGUGAACACAAGAGAAUCCAUACGGGAGAGAAACCCUUUGAAUGUAAUCUUUGUGGGAAAGCCUUCCGAAAUGCCUUAUGCCUUACUCAGCAUCACAGAAGUCAUACUGGAGAGAAACCCUUUGCUUGCAAUGAAUGUGGAAAAGCCUUCAACCAUAGGAGAAACCUUAAUAGACAUCAGAGCAUUCAUACUGGAGAGAAAACUUUUGAAUGCAAUGAAUGUGGGAAAGCUUUCAGCCAGAGAGGAGACCUCAAUGCACAUCAGAGAAUUCAUACUGGAGUGAAACCCUUUGCGUGUAAUGACUGUGGAAAAACCUUCAACCACAGGGGAAACCUUAAUGUGCACCAGAGAAUUCAUACUGGAGAAAAGCCCUUCGAAUGUAAUGAAUGUGGGAAAGCUUUCAGCCAAAGGGGAAGCCGUAACCAACACCAGAUAAUUCACACCAGAGAGAAACUCUUUUGAGUGCAGUGAAUGUAGAAAAGCUUUCAUAUGUAUGAACACACUAAUGAACAUCAGAGAAUUCAUCGUGGAGAAAAUAUCCAAGUAAUGAAUUGGAGGAAAGCCUCAUUUGAAGCCUUAGGAAACAUCAAAUAAUUUAUAUGAAUAAACAGCUUUAUGAAUGUAAUGAUCUUUGGGAAAACUAUAGGAUACUCUAUCCCUCAUCAAACAUCAGAGACUCCAGAAUGUGAAGCAGCAAUGGAGAUGUAAUAAUGUGGCUUCUACUUCUUAAAGAGCUGUUGCUUUCUGUUUUCUCUCUCGUGAUUUGAGUCUCGGGACCGUUUUUAUCUCAGCAGGUAUUUGGUAAGAUGCCUCUAUUUUCAUUUUUGUAAAUAAUUUCUGUAACAUGGAGUCUAAUUGUUCUUUAAAUAUUUGAUAGAAUUCACUUUUAUGUGUAUAUGGCAUUGUUCCUGUCCCUUCUCACCCCCAUCUUGGGAGUUUGUUUAUAGUUUAUUCAAAUUCUGCUUCUGAGAUCAAUUUUUUUUUUAGGCUGUCAACAUCUUGUUCUGUUAAUCUGGGUGUUUUAUAUUUUUGUAAGUAUUCAUUUCAUAUAAGUUUUCAAGUUUUUGUUGUGGAAAUGGAUAUAAUAGUUUCUGAAAAUGCAUUUUAUUUGUUGUGAA